CGUGCCCUAACUUUAAUUUUAUUUACAUCUCAGCGACCUUGACGAAAAUUGAGCUGGCCUUAACAAAUAGAUUUAGUCUGGUUAGAAUUACACAACUUUGUUACUUUUACUUUGACGUCACAUUGGAGCUGGUUCCUGCAACGUAAAAUGAUUGAAAUUUGGUAGACCUACCUGUGAUGAGAUUCAGCGCGAAUUUGUAUUAAGACAAAGAAUGGAUGUUAGUGAACAUGAACAUUGUCGUAACUGUUUAAGAUUAUACUGUACAUGGACACCAAAUGGCUUUGAUAGUUGUCAAAUGGUGGACUGUAAUAAUGGAUGUGGUGCACGCUAUCAUCAAUGUAAACAGAAUGAACAUAAUUUAUUGUGUUUGGAAGAACGAGUAGCUUGCAUUAAUAAGGAGUAUGGCUGUAGAACAACUAUGGCAAGAUCCAAACUUGGCACCCAUCUUGAAGUCUGUCCCGCCAGUGUUUUAUGCUGCCCUCUAGAAUGGAACAGAUGGCCGCUGCACUCUCAAGAGAAAGGUUUCAAAAUGGCAAUACCCAGCAACACAUACCCAGUACAAUGCGGCCAGUUAGAUGUCGCACUUGCCCUUCGAGAUCAAAGAAUGUUAAUAGAAUCCUUUAAGGCUCCGUCUAGAACCCAGAAUAUAUUAAGAAAUAAUUUAACUCGCAAAUACCCGGCUGCACCAAUUCAUAGAUGCUGUUCAAUAGAAUCAGAUGAUUUCCCAUCUGAAGAUACUUCAUAUGGUGUUUCUGAUGAUGAUGACGCUCCAUGGAAACUGGGACGGAUGCCCCCAGGUCUACAACGAAGUAUCUGUAACAAAUUAUAUCAAGUCGCAAAACAGACCACUAAUCCGUUAACUGUUACUUUAGAUCUUGUGACCAAUAAUCCUAAUGCAGCAGAUGCAGAUGUGAGAAAGCAUGUUGACAUUCAUAUAUCAGAGAGCGAUUCAUCAGAUCGAAGUCGAUCAGCAUCGGUAGAAUUUCAUCCCAGUGAUUCCGGUGUCAAGGAGGAUAACUCUAUAAUAAAUAACAUUGAACAUCGUAACGUUGAACUCCAUGACAUUCUUGGUGUUGAUUUAACUAUUGAAUGCAUCAGUAAAUAUAAAUCAAAACCUAGUUCGAUGUACACGUUUUUAUGUGCUCAAUACUUCCGUCGAGAUGAAUUUUCCUCUCAUACAAAAAAUGUCCACAAUGACAUACAAUCAGGUUUAAAUGGCAUGUUAGAACAUAGAUGCCCAUUGGCUUAUUUGGGAUGCACAUAUACCUUUCGCAAGCUUCGACCUAAAUCUGAUAACGCUUACAUUGUCCAUAGUGCUUUGUUGGAAAGUUUUGGGUUACGUUACAAAGAUCCUGGUAGUGUUGAUCCCUAUCUGUGCAAUGCACGUAAUCAAGAUCAAAGGUCACAAACUGGUGCAUGUAGUAGAUCAAGGUCAAGAUCCGGGGAUAAAGGGGAUGAUUUGAAGAAAUCAGUGAAUUCUAUGUCAACGUUCAGACAUACACCAAGAAUUAACACUGGUCUUAGUUGGAAUUCAGCUGUGGAAAUUCACUUUGAUCCAGAGUUAUGUCCUGAAGAUCAUGAAUAUUCAACGUUGUUAAACCUGCCAUUUGAGAUACUACAACAUAUAGCUCGUGGAUUAGAUAGUUUUAGUAUAUGUAAUUUAUCAUUAACGUGUUGUUUAUUACGAGAUGUGUGCUGUAGUUUACUUGAUGAACGAGGUAUUGUUGUUCAACUUUGGGAGAAAAAAAGAAAGCAAAAUGGAGAAGAUGAAAAAGUGACAUGGAAAGUGAAAAAUAAUAGCUGGAGUUUUUCUACUGCAUUUACACCAAUCGAUUCCUGGGAAUUCACAGAUCAUCCAACUGUUAGUGACCAUCUGAAAACCUGUCAGUACAACAAAGAUAAAUUAAAAUGGAAUGAGAAAUUCUCUAUUCUUCCUCAUAACUAUGUACCAAUGGAUAAAAAACUGGAGCAGCUUUUAUUCACCAGAUUAAGAGACUGAUUGGUGUGGCUUGCUGCUUGUUAGAAUGAUAGCUACACAUGUAGUAGUAUUGUUAGAAUGAAUCAUCCCCCUACUACCAACAGUUAACCUGAAUUGUGGAUUGUUUGAAAUUAAUGAAUGCUAUAAGAUAAGAUCUCCAUCAAUACAUACAUGUAUCUAUUAUUUAUAUCUGGUAUACAAUCAUAGAGGACUAAUAUAGAUCAUGUACAUGUAAUAUUUAUUGUAUUCAUCAUGAACAUAGUGUCAAGAUUUAACUUAUAGACCGGAGGCUCAGCGCUGGGGGGGGGUCCCUCAAAUGGGCACAACACCAGACCCAACUUUUCUAGAGUAAAAUUUUGCGUAGGAUACGAUGCCGAGUGGUAAUCAGUCCGCCGUUGGGGCGUUUUUGAGAUAUUCGGGGUCAAAUGAGUUCAUUUGCUCUGAAAGUGAAUGCGCAGUCAU